AUGUCGAGUUCUCCCUUCUCUGACGCUGACAUAUCCUCGCUCAUAGAUGACAAUGUCCAGUACCCUCAACAGAUCUGGUAUACUAUCGCCGCCUUUCUCUUCGUAAUCGGAUGCUUCCAGUGGGGAUUAUUCCUUCACUCAAAGUUCGCUAGGCGGGCACGCCAUGAGUACGACGAAGAAACGGUUAUCGCCAAUGGCGUUCAUCGAAAAUUUUCUCUUCGUCGAAUUCCGCUUGCCGUCAUAAAUGUCUAUCGCGUUGUUGCCUUCCGAUGGACCCUGGAAAUAGGACGAUCCUAUACCCUCAACAUGACAGAGGUUUUCGUCACUGUGGCAUACAUCGUCCUUUUGUUGACCUAUGCCUUCAUUAAUACUACCUCAGCCGAGGGUCAGAAGCUUGAUAUCAUCUUCUGGAGCAAUCGCAUAGCUAUGCUUGCGGCUAGUCAGUUUCCAAUUAUCACAGCCCUUGGAACAAAGAACAAUAUUGUGUCUCUGGUCACGGGAAUCAGUUACGAUAAGCUCAACUAUACUCAUCGAAUGAUGGCUAGGACAUGCUUCAUGCUCCUUUGGGUACAUGGGGCGGGCCAGAUAGUAUCCUUUCCCUUCGAACCAUGGCUUCGCGCUGGUAUCACCGCCAUGGUCGCUUUCUCUAUCCUGAUCCUAGUGUCACUGCGUCCCGUUCGCAGUAAUAUGUAUGAGGUCUUCUUUUAUGUUCACUUCCUUGGCGUCCUCAUAUUCCUUGUGGGAGGAUAUUACCAUACCAAGGGUGCUCACGGAUCGUUCUGGAUAUGGCCCUCGUUUGUGUUCUGGGCUUUCGAUCGCUUCAUCCGAGCAAUCCGACUUGUAGUAUUCAAUCACUCUUACUUUGGGUUCAAGUCAGGAACUGGGACAAUGGACGCAGCGACAGAAUUGCUUUCCGAAGGCGUCGUUCGAAUGCGUCUACGUCGACCCCCGCAUUUCCAUUGGUCCCCAGGACAAGCGGCAUAUCUGAUCAUGCCCUCAGUUUCGACACUGCCAUUCGAAGCGCACCCUUUUACUAUUGCGAGUUUUGAUUCUAGCCUGCUGUCAACCGCACCGGCGGAGGAUCGAUCCAACCGUGAUGUUACGGGACCUAGCGCUCCGUUCUGGAAGGAGCUUGUAUUUUUGGUCAACGUGCAGGAGGGUUUCACGAAAAAACUAAAGGAAGUAGCUGCCAGGAAGGAAACUGUCAAGGUUUUUGUGGAUGGUCCUUAUGGUUCAUCUCCUGACCUCGGUUCGUACGACACCUCUGUAUUGGUUGCAGGCGGAUCUGGCGUCUCGUAUACCCUCCCUGUCUUCCUCAACAUUAUCGAACGCGUACGCAAGGGGAAAAGUUCUUGCACACGGGUUGUGUUCAUUUGGGCAAUUCGCGGUGCUGAGUACGUCCAAUGGAUCGAAGAGGCGCUUAUCAAAGCCGUUCGGCUUGCCCCGCCGUCUUUGACAGUUUCUAUCCGCAUCUUUCAUCACUGCUUCAUCCACGACGCAAUCCAAAAAAAAAGCAGCCCCGAACACGUGGUAACUAGGAAAAACUCCUUAUCACUAUCAUUCAUGUCGCUGCGCGGCGUUAGGACUGAAAAUGGAAGACCGGAUCUAGAUGCACUGCUCAAAGAAGAGGUCAGUGUAACCUCGGGCAGGAUGUCGGUGAGCGUUUGCGGAUCGCAGGCUAUAGCGCGUGCGACCCGUCAUGCACUUCGCUUCCCUGUUUCUGGGCCUUCUAGUAUCCUCAAUGGUGGACCGAGCAUCACACUGCAUGUCGAAUCGUUUGGAUACGCUUGA